AAUAGAUUUUGCUAUAAUGACGAAUAAUUCGUAAAAUUAGUUCUAUCAACUAAAUUUUAUUGCUAUUACUACGAAUAUGCAGUAGCAACGGCGAUUUUGCUAUCACAGGAAAAUUAUUUUUUUCCGUGUAUACGUUCCAAAGUACUGUGCGGACGUGAUGGCAGAGCCAAGGGAAAAUACGCUAAAGAGGUGGUUAUGGCAGUAUUAUAUAGUAAAUUGGAACGUUAUGCUCGGAGAUGCAAUAGUUGCCAUAAAUUUGUUGAUAGUUCUAGAUACGAAAUACACUUACAUCGCACCCAUAAAAUAUUUCAUGAAAAAGAAAUUGUUCGUCGUAUCGGCUUGGUAUAUCGAUAUUUCGUAGAAGAGGGAGACGUCUUAAAAUGUAAGAUUUGCAAUAAAUUGCUUGUGAAAGCGAGUAGAGAGUGCGUCUUGGAGAUACACCUGAUACGUUGCCAUCCGUCAGUAAUAGAAGAAAUACAUAAAGAAUUCAAAUCUAUGUGGGUAUGGCCACACUUCGACACAUCGAAGUAUCAGACGUCUUGCAAGAUGUGCCAUAAAAUGUUUAACAUAUUUAAAGUAAAUCUCGUACCGCAGCACUUGCUCAAUAAUCAUGGCAUAAACGAAAGAAUUCAAGAAAGUACUGGACGAAACAAUGUAAUUACAACAAUAAAGCAAUCAACUGAAGAAAAUAGCGCUGGUACCGCCGUAAAACCUGUAUAUUCACAGGUUAAAGAAAUUCAAAAAAUCGAAAAUGGUAAAUGUUACGAAUAUUGUAUUUUAUUUUCCUCCAGUCGUAUAUUUACUUAUAUGCAACAAAGUCGUAAAAAGUUGGAUAUUUACUUAUCGUAA